UCCGCCAAAGGGGGGUAACUUGGAAGGUAACGCUGAAACCUUUUGAAAUGGUCCAUCCUUUGUGAUUCUUUACGGUAAAUCAUUGGCUUCCAGUGAGGUGCAAGUAUUGCAGAAUGAAAUAAUCGAACUUAAGAGGAAUCAUGUCUGACACAGAAGAAGAGUUUGCCAAGUUCCUCUGUUUCUGCGAGAAGUCCCUGAGUGGUCCCAGCAAGCAGCUGAUCAAUCUGGUGAAGAAACGCUAUGAUGAGUGCUCCGACAAGUUCAAGGGCACCCAGGAGCUGUACCAUCUACUGUCAAGCUGCAGAAAGAAGAUGGAGUCUGACAGCAGGCACCUGUUUGUCCAUCUCAAGGACUGCUUGAAUGAGCUGAAGGCUUACGCCAAGGGCAGGAAGGGAGAAAACGGAAACACCGAUCUGAGUAUGACUCGGAUGACACUGUGUGGAAAAGGACCAAAACUUCAAAUGGAGAAUUCCGAGAUAAGGAGGACAAGAACACUAAGAGCCGAUCGCGAUUCCAAACUUAAAGACAAACAGCGGGAAAGCAAGCUUAAGAUAUCUCCUAACUCAGCAUGCUCAUCAAAGCUUGCAGACAUUAUCAGAAAUCUGAAGGAUAAGAAAGGCGGUGGUGAUGCUUUGUGUGAAGACACUGUUGUCAGCAAGGGAGACAGUGUCGGUAAUGGAUGUACGACCAACACAGAUGGAGAUCUGAAAUCUGAAGGUGAGAAGAAAUUGGAGCUGCCUGAAUCAGGCAAAGCAGAGAGAGCAGUGUUGGAUAAUGAUGACGAUGAUGAUGAUUGUAUUCUGAUUGAUGACAGUCCACCACAUCAAACCAGCCAGGGUUCAGUAAACUGUCUCUUUCCGCAUCUAGGGACCUCAAUUGGCUUUCGACCCCUGACUCCUGAUGCUAACAAUGCUGGUAUUUCUUCUGCUACAAAUGGAACAGAAUCCACUAAAGAUGUUGUUACAGGUGACCAGUCAGCUGCUACAGACAGUUCCAGGUCGCCAUCUGCAGUUGAUGGGGACCAUUCAAAUAAUGAUCAACAUCCUUCAGUUAAUUCAGGAAAUGAUUCAGGUUCACCCAUGAUCUCAAAAACAGAUUUAGAUGUAGAAAUGAUCUCCGAUUCAGAAAAAGAUUCAGACUUAAAGCCUGAUAUGAAAUCUGACUGUGCUGAUAAUGAGGAGGAUGAAAAACCAAAGAUGAGCUCAACAGAGAGAACUUCUCCGUCUGUAGAGACAUGUGAUACACAUGAACAUUCACCAGGUGGGAAAGACAUGGAGAUUUCUAUACCUGAAUCACAAGAAUCAUCAUCUGAGAGUACUGCCUUGCCUGGGACCAGUCCUCCUGCAGCUACAUCAUUGAACACCUCGCCUAUCAACACAAGCAUCCCUUCACCAGCAGCUGAAGAAGAUGCUCAUGCUACUUCAGCCACAGAAGGGUCACCAGGUACUUCUGGUAUUACUGCUGAUUCAGCCCCUGUCAUUACUGGUGGAUCUGGUGAACCUUCUGUUUUGAGAACCUCAAAGCCUUGUAACUUAUCCAGUGGUGAUACCUCAGAACAUAGUGACUUGCCUGUUAUCACUGCAGACUCACCAACUGAUGUCAUGUCUGAUCAUUGUGAGUCACCCAGUGGUGAGACAUCUGAGCAUAGAGACAUGUCAGUUGUCAUCACUGCAGAACAGAGGGACUCACCAACUGAUGUCAUGUCUGAGCAGUGUGAUUCACCCUUUGUUGUCACUGCAGAACAUGGCGACCUACCAACUGAUGUCAUGUCUGAGGACAAAGACAUGUCAGUUGUGAUCACUGCAGAACAUGGGGACUCACGAACUGAUGUCAUGUCUGAGGACAAAGACAUGUCAGUUGUUAUCACUGAACAUGGUGACUCACCAACUGAUGUCAUGUCUGAGCAAUGCGACUCACCUGUUAUCAUUGCAGAGCAUAGUGACUUACCAACGGAUGACUGUGAUGUGACGUCUGAGCAUUGUGACUCACCUUGUGAUGUGACAUCCGAACAUUGUGACUCACUCAGGACCAACCAGACUACUGGUUCAACAUCUCAGGGAUCUGCUGUAGGAAGAGGUGAGGAAAAGAAGAAAGAAGAACCAGUGAAGAAAAAGGAGGAACCGGAGAAGAAAAGGGCUGAACCGGAGAAGAAAAGGGCUGAACCGGAGAAGAAAAGGGAAGAGCCAGAGAAGAAAAGGGCUGAACCGGAGAAGAAAAGGGAAGAGCAAGAGAAGAAAAGGGCACAACCGGAGAAGAAAAAGGAAGUGUCUGAGAAACACAUCCAUCGCUUGGAGAAGCUCCUGGAGAAGCUGGAGACUAAGAUCCAGCAGGUCCAGGCACGUGAGCUGAGUCUGGAUGACCUGGCUGAGGAAGACUCCUCCUACAUCUACGAGGACAAGCUCAAGAAGAAGUUUGUGGCUGUAUGGAACAAGCUGUGUGAGCUGAAAGACCGCACCCCCUCCACCGGCCGCCCCACAGAGAGGAGGUUCAACUACCAGGGUACAAGGUACCCAGAGGUCAAUAAGAAGAUAGAGAAGAUGAUUAACAAGAAGAAGGUCUUCCCCGACUUCCAUGACAUGAAGAGACUGGUGGCUAAAGUCAGCAUCAACCAGAAGCUGCAUCUCAGUCAAAAGGAGAUAGAAAGUGUUGCUCGUGAGGCCUUCACUGACGUGGGAAACCUGCUGCAACAACGACGGCAGGAUGACUACAUCACAACCUUUGGCUGCAGACUGACAGACUAUGAAGAUAUGAAUCACGACCCUGCAAUGUACAACGCGGAGCUGAAGCAGAAGCUGGAGGAGAACCAGCAGAAAGGAAAGACUAACCUGGAGAAUGUGAUCCGCAAGUUCUCGGACAUGCAGUAUGAGACAGGAGAGGAAGCUGUGGAAGUUCCUGAAGGAUCAGAGGAGGAUGAACGAAUGGAAGAAGAGGAUGAAAGACUGGAUGAGGAAGAUGCAUCUGAUGAGGAUGUCAUGGAGGUGAAUGAUGAAGACCUUGCAAGUGACAAUGAAGAUCUGAUUAAAAUCAAACCCCGGUCAAAGAAGAGAAAUAUUGAGCUGGUCUCUGACCCUGAAGACAGAUCUCCAUCCUCCUCCCCUCAACAUGAAGCACCUCAUGGUCCAGCAGCUCGUCCUGACAUUGUGUCCAAGUGUUGGCCGCAGACGUCAGAGGCACCCCCACCCUGGCUGGCCAAAUCUGGCAGCAUGAUACAACCCCGGUCCCCGGGCAGACAAGGAAGCCCAUCCACCGGCACCCCUCCGCCCAGGGUGUCGAGGCCAGCUGGGGUCAGCUUCCAGUCUUCUAGUACCCCCCCACCUCGAGUUUCCAGGCCACAAGCUGGUAGCUCCCUAUCAACCAGCACCCAAAUACCCCGAGUGUCAAGAACCCAAGGGGGCAACUCCCUAUCCUCAAGCAUCCCUCCACCACGGGUAUCCAGGACCACAGGAAGCAACUCCCUCUCCAUUGGCACCCAUCCUCCACACAUGUCCAGGACCCCUGCAAACAGCUCCCUCAUCAGCAACCAACCCUCAGGGACUCUUCAGACUCAGGUAACAAGUCGGUCAGCACACAGAUCACCAUUGCCUAUUGAAGUUGAGGAUUCAACUGAUGAUUCAUAUGAUUCAUACAUGUAUCAAAACAGGAAGAACCGCAUGCAAGUCCAUGAUGAGAGUCAUGUGCCUUCGUUUUUGGACUCUCAAGGUGACCAGCCACCUUUCAAAUUAGCGGUUAAAAAACAAUUUCAAAGUAAACCUCAAACUGGAAAGGUCCUCAUGUGGUCAUCGCUGGGCAGUAGUGAUAAAGGAUUGAAAAGACUGCAGAUGCUGCCUCAAAACUCUUCCUUCAAAAACAGUUCAAACAAGCGAGCAGUUCCAAAUCAAGAUUCAGUGCAUUCAGCUCCAUUCUCCCGCAGACCACCAUCUUCCUCUGUAUCUUCUUCAGCCUCAGUAUCCCCUCACAAACAGAUUCCUCUAGCAAGACACACUUCUAGUCCUGUACGAUCCAUGAAUGUUAACGGUACCAGUGCAAACAGGGAGUGCAUUCCCCCUGUGAAGAAAGAGGCAUCAAUGACUCCCCUAAAGCAGGCGAUGGAGAUGUCAAGUCAGUGCUAUAUCGACAUCGAUGAGACUGGGGAGGAACCAGAUGUGUAUGAAGUAGAACCACCCCCAGAGGAGGCCAAGGAGGUCAUUGUGCUCUCUGAUUCAGAAUGAGAAGAUGAAUUAAACAGUGAAUAUGAUUGUCACAAGAGCAUACUGGUAUGAAAGCUGUUUUCCUCUGCUGUCUGCCAUUGCUCUCUCUGAUGAAUUGAUGUAGAGUGCUUCUCCUUAUAGCAGACGGCUUCUUUAAGAGGGUCAUCAUUCUCUCCUGAAGGAAGGGGUGUCUCCAUUCCCUAUAACAAGCUCAUGAAAUGGUUUCUCCCUGCAACAGGCAGCUACUUGAAGAGCGGUCAUCACUCUCUGACAGGAGAAAGACAUAAAGGGAGGUUGUUGUGACAAAGAGAGGUCCUCAUUUUUCUGUGGCAGGAGGCAGAUGUGAAAGGAGGUUGUCAGUCUCUCAGUGACCAGAGGCAGACGUGAAAAGAGUCUGUUAUUUCUCUACUCUAACAACAGACAGACUUGAAAUUAGUCUUCAUUCUCUCCCCUCUAGCAGAAGACAGAUCUGAAAGGAAGUCAUCAUUCUCUUCCCUCUAACAGGAGGCAGAGGUGAAGGGAGGCUGCCAUUCUCUCCCAUCUAGGUGACAGACAUAAAUGAAGGUCGUCAAUUUUCUAGGAACAGGAGGCAGAGGUUAAUGGGAAAGUCAUUCUGUCCCUGGUUUCAGGACAGACGUCAAAACACAGUUAUGAGGACUGGAGCAGGCUGUCUGAGAACUGAGACAAAGAUAUAAAGGGCAUUUGUCAUGAUAGUGCAUGAUGCAUUUAGCAGCUAGUGCAACUUACAGCUUCAGCUAACAGCAAGCAGACACAUGUUCCUCAACAAGCUGGGAUGGGGGUUAAUGUUCUGUAGGUUACCAUGGUUACACAGGAUGUGUUUAAUAUGUUGUGACUAAAGUAUUGAAUUCUGGAUUCUACCAUUACAGAGUUCGACUGAGAUAUUGAACUUGCACCAUAAUUGAAAUAAAUUAAACCUUAUGUUUGUCUACAUGUACCUUGUGCUACUGCUAGUGAGAAAAAAAUGUUUUGAUCUGACAAACCCUUACAUGUCCACACAACUCAAUUGUUUAAUACGCUUAGUAUGUCAGCUAAGGGCCCUGUCACACCUCUACGUAUCCUAAUUCCUUAUGAGUUGCACAUUGACAUUACUUUCAUACGCAGUCGUACGCUCAAUAUGCACCUCAUAUGCAUCUCAAUCGCUUUGUGCAAGUUUUAUGUACACCUGUAUGCGCACAGUGCAUUGAGAUUUGGUAUAAAUAUGAUGGCUCCGGCGGCCCAUGAUGACAAAAGGUUGAUGUUCAGGCUAUGGAAUUUGCACUGGUAAC